GCUAUUAUAUCAUCUCUUUCUUUUCCAAACGAGAGGCGAAGAAGAGCGGGAGAGAUCGGAGAUGGUGUCAUUGAAGCUGCAGAAGCGGUUAGCCGCCAGCGUGCUGAAGUGCGGAAAGGGAAAGGUCUGGCUCGAUCCCAAUGAAGCCAGCGAGAUCUCCAUGGCCAAUUCCCGCCAGAACAUAAGAAAGCUGGUGAAGGAUGGUUUCGUAAUCAAGAAACCGACAAAAAUCCACUCUAGGUCACGUGCACGCCGAGCUGCUGAGGCAAAGCGGAAGGGACGCCAUUCUGGAUAUGGUAAACGCAAGGGUACAAGGGAGGCAAGGCUCCCAACUAAGAUCCUCUGGAUGAGGAGGAUGCGUGUCCUGAGGCGCUUGCUUCGCAAGUACCGAGAAUCGAAGAAGAUCGACAAGCACAUGUACCACGACAUGUACAUGAAAGUGAAGGGUAAUGUAUUCAAGAACAAGAGGGUGCUGAUGGAGAGCAUCCACAAGUCAAAGGCUGAGAAGGCAAGAGAGAAGACUUUAUCUGACCAGUUUGAAGCGAAGAGGGCUAAGAGCAAGGCGAGCAGGGAGAGGAAGAUUGCUAGGAGGGAGGAACGGUUGGCCCAGGGACCUGGAGAGCGAGCACCUGCUGCAGCAGCACCUGUUGCAGAGGGAACUAAAAAGACCAAGAAGUGAAGUUCUAGCCAUUCUAAAGCCUGAAUCUAAUAUCAGGUGCGGAUAGUCGUCGAUUUCGUUCCCUUAGCCUUUUUUCCCACCUUUCUUUUCCUAAAUACUGAGAAAAAGAGUUUAGGAUUUUGUGAAUUGCUGAACUUGGUUUGAUGAUACUUUUGUAGUUCAUAUUUAAAUGUUUAUUUGGAGGGUUUUUACUUGCAUAUGAUGGUUGAAAUGAUCAGAUAUAUCUUAUACUC